AUGGCCUACAUCGACUGCCCAGAGCUGAGCUCGGUCUUCGGCUGCGACGUGGUGGUCCACGCCACCCAGGCUCGGUCUUCCGCGCACGCGGCAUGCGCCCAACUGCGUGGGGUGGGCCACGCAGUUGGCGGUUGGCAUGGAGAGGUGAGAAGGUCUCGAAUCGGGGUGGGUUUGGAGCAGUCAAGUGGUGUGGUGCCAGUUCAGGACCUCGGAGAGGGUGUGAGCAUCAGCCAUGCUGAGCAUCUUGUGACGUUCGAGCCCAAGGGGAAUUGUCUUGGAGUUGGCACCCUACACCCCUACAUCAAGUUCGGCCGUUUGUGCAUCUUGUAUAUCUGGUGCUGCGGCGUGGGCUGCGACAUGGUGAGCCUGGAUGACGGACUUCCGCACAGAUGCAUGGCGGGUCAGGACACUGACACAGGGCUGCAGCAACAGGAGAAGCCAGGUAUGCCAAGUACUGGUGCAGCUAUGGGUGCCAUGGCCAUGGGAGACAUGGGCAGUAUGGGCGCAAUGGGUGGCUUGGCAGAUGUGAUGGGCAUGGGACCGAUGGGUGCCAUGACCAGCUUUCUGGAUGGCAUGGGUCUUCAAGGGAAGCAUGCAGCUCCCAUCAAUCAAGAAGUCCUUGGCGAGUUCUAUGGCAUUGUGAAGAGCUAUAAUCCGGAAAAGGGAUUUGGGUUCAUCGUUUGCGACGCCUUGAAACAUCAGCACGACGGCGAUGUCUAUUUGCACAGCCGGCACAUCGGCGAUUUCAAGGUGGGGCAGGAGGUGAAGUUCCAGGCGUAUCUCCACAAUGGACGCCUUCAGGGGCGGGAGCUGCAGGACGCCACUGGCAUGGUGGGACCUCAGACAGGUGCAGCACCUGGCUUAGACACCGAGCAGGAGCUCGGAGUCUUCGUGGGAAAGAUCAAAAACUACAACCACGAGAAAGGUUUCGGCUUCAUCGUUUGCGAGGCCUUAAAUCUUCAGGGAUAUCAAGGAGAUGUGUUUCUCCACUCGAAGAACAAAGGGACCUUUGAAGCUGGCGAUGAGGUGGCAUUCAUGGCGGUGCUUCGGCAAGGGAAGCUUCAGGGCAAAGACCUGCAGGCCGCCAGCGCGGUGCUGGGCGAAAUGGGCAUCAUGGCGCCCACCAUGGGCGGCAUGGGCGGCUCCAUGAUGGGAAUGAUGGGGAUGAUGAGCGACAUGGACCCCGCAGCGAAGAGAGCUCGGAUGUACUGA